GAUAAGGAGGCAUUUAAAAGCAGCUUACAAAAUCUUGCAAGCUUAUCGUUUCAUUCCCACUUCUUCAAACUAUAACCAUGAAGACUGGUCUGUUUCUUGCUGGUUUGUUGGCUGUUGCUUUGGCUGAAGUAAUUCAGCUAAGUCCUCAGCAACAAGAAGAGGCUAGAUUGGCUAUGCAAAACCCUGACUUGUACGAUGGAGACAUGGCUGGUAUUGACGGACCUUUUGAUGCUGAACGUAAUGCAAUUGUUGGAAAUCACUACAGGUGGCCAAAUGCACGUGUACCCUACGUCAUUGACUCUUCUUUGAGCAAUGCACAGAAUGUCAUCAACCAAGGCUUUAAUGAUUACCACAGAAACACUUGCGUCCGAUUCGUUCCAAGGUCAAACGAACAAAACUACAUCAAGAUCUUUUCUGGACAAGGGUGCUAUUCCUAUGUGGGAAAAAUCAAUGGUGAACAAGCUGUAUCUCUUGGAAAUGGAUGCUUGUACGCAGGAACCGUAGUCCACGAGUUGGGACACGCCCUUGGAUUCUACCACGAACAGAGCAGAUCAGACAGAGAUUCAUAUUUGAUCAUCUACCUUGAAAACGUCGCCGAAAACAUGAGAUUUAACUUCAACAAGCUUUCACCCCACCAAAAUGUCUUGUACAAUACUUUUGACUACAACUCCAUCAUGAUUUACGGCAACAAAUCUUUCUCCACAAACGGAAAAGACACCAUGGUGGCCAGAAAUGGACAGAAAUUGUCUGACCCUUACAACAAGCAAGGAAUGACCAGAAAUGAUAUCGAAAGAGUCAACAAAAUGUACAAUUGUUAAGAAACUUUACAAUUGCUUCAAUACUGUGACUAAUAAAUUAUAAAGGGAAUGAUUUA